AUGCGAAUUGUAUCGACGGACGGGAGGAGCAUUGACAGCUGGCUGGAGCUCGGCAAUGGUGACUCGGUGAAGACCGCCAGAGUGGAGCACAACGUUAUCAACGCCAUUGCGUACAUUCCUCCCCUAAAUGUUGUGGUUGCCGCCUCGGGCGACAGUCUGGUCGUCUUUGAUGGCAGAACGAUGAGAUGUCUCGCUACCCUGUCCACAUCGAAAAAGGUGCUGUUGCAGCUGCAAUAUAACCUUGCUCGCGACGAGAUCAUCUCGGGUGGCUCAGACGGCUGCUUUGUUUGGAGGCUCACAGCAGCCCCCUUCAAGCCGUACGCACAAGAGGUGGUGCCUUACGAGCUGACGUUGUUGCACGGAUUCAAGGGAUGCUCGCAUUGGGCGGGGAGAAUGUUCUUCGACGAGCGUUCCCAAGUCAUCAUCACGAUCGACGGCAUGAAGGUACAGAAAUACGAUGCUGGUGCAGCGACGACCAACUUAUACAUCAUCAAGAGAGCGCACGAGUCUCCGGUAACGGUCGUCUUGUGGGUGGGUGAAAGCGAGAACAUCGUCACCGGUUGCAUGGGUGGUCUGCUGAAGAUAUGGGCGUGCCAGCACACUGACGCAAACGGAGUUAAGCGAAGCCGGCGCGGCCGGUGGCGGCAACACAAGAGACUUCGGUGCGCACGCUCCCACCGAAAAGGUUGUGGACGUUCACCGGCCCUAGUUAAAUCGUUUGAAGGGCACUCUGGAGGCAUCACUGGCCUUGUCCGACACUGCUUGAACAGCUCAUACAUCGUCAGUUCCGGUGCGGACGGCACCCUGCGCGUUUGGGACGUCGAUCGACUCGCCGCGGUCACAGCCGUGAGUCGCGAGUCGGAUGUUGGUCUCGUUUUAGUACAGAUGAAACAGGGGCUCUGGGGCUUGAUGUCCGAGUCGCUGCUAUUGCCCACUGGUACACAGCCGGCGACGAACACCAAGACCUCGGUUUCAUCCACAGCAACGACGUGCGUCUCCCAGGCCGGUCUGAUCCCACCAGGAACAGACGAAUCCCAGCAUUCGUUUGAGCGCACGGAGGGCAAAAUAUCCAACCUAGAGUUUGGCGACGGAGAUGCCAUAGCCCUCGAUGAGGGCAACACGACGUCGUCCCUGUUCCACUCGUGGCCGUCGCUAUCGUGUGUAGUAGAACGGUAUUCGCACCACGUGCUGUCUCGUAGGAGGCGGAGGGUUAUCUGUCUCGCCGGUUCCGGCGUUCUUGACACCUACGCGUACGACCCUGAAAGGGGAGAGGCCCGGAAGAUCUCCUCCCGUGACGUCGAUCUUCACGCCAACGGAGCGACCGCCACGAGCAUGUGCCUUCUGCCGGGAACUCCGGACUAUGUCGUGGCUUCGCUGGAGCGUUUGCUUCCGUCGCAAACGUCCAUGGACGCUCCUUUGUCUGACCGGCCCAUCUGUGGUGGUGCCAUCGGCGAGGGAGGCAACGACGACAACUACCGAGAUAGACCCUGCGGUCGAACGGGACGUCGGAAACAAGAAAGCCAGGUUGCACGAGAGAAAGUUGACCAGGUGGUCGCGAUUGGGACUUCGCAUGGAGGUGUAGUCUUGGUCGAAACGGUUGCCAAUGGAACGACGCUUGAUUUCCUGGAGGGGGUUUUUGCCUCUAAGGUCGUGCACAUGGCAUUCUCCUACGCUUCUAGCGACGGUGCCAUACUCCCCAGCGAAUCCGAUCUCGGCAACGAGCUUUCUACAACCUGCGCUCAGGACGGGCGUUUGAUCUGUGUGGGCCACGACACGAACGGUGCGGUAGCGCUGAAAGGCCUCGCGGUUUCUUCCCUUACGGAGCAGUUCUCCCUCCGGUUGAUCGAAGCCCCAACCUGCGUGCGAGUUGCGAGCGAGCGCCCCGUUCUAGCGGUUGGUUACGCCGACGGAACUGUGAACGCGAUCAACUUCGGGCAAGACAGGGUUACCGAAGUUGAGAGUGGCCAGCUGAUCGGCACGCACACGGCCGAGAUAAGUACGAUUGCCUUCAGCACGCGGUACCACUGCAUGGCCACAGGCAGCGCGGACGGGCUCAUAAUGGUCUGGGAUCUGAACGGGCAACAACUACAUGGCAUACAUCUUCAGCACUCUGGCAACAUCCUCUCCUUCGAGCGUGACGAGUCGCGGGGGCAAGAAGACGGCGGGAGGGGCUUCAGCCGGAGACAAUGA